AUGGCCGCUGCUGCUCUCUGUCCCAUGAUUACCACGGCGGACCAGAUCACCGUCACAUCCAGCAACAACGACCGUGAGCUGGCUGAUGCCGAGCCGUCCGUCCAGCCAUCCGUGAAGCUAUCCGCCAGUCAAGACCAAGCCAAACUUCAGCACAAUAUUGGCCGUUGCCAACGUCGCGGUACCCAUGAUGGAGAGGACCGCAGUCCUAUUGACGACGGCGUCACAGAUCAAGGCCGGGAUGAUUUCACCCAGCUACCGCGCAAGCGCCGCAAGAUAAGCAUAAGCACUUCGACCACUGCAACUCACAAAAACAGUGCCCAAGCGGCAGACACGUCUGCAGUGCACCAGUUCUCGGUCACCACAGGCUCAAAGAACAACAACCCAACCCCCCAACGCGACGUCGAAGUCAGCGUAACCCUCCUAGCCAGCAAUCUUCAGGGAGGUCCACGUUGGGAGAGGAGACAGUUGAAGCUCCUCUCAAACUUUGAGGAAUGGCCACUUGACGACGCGGUCCUCAAGCGCGUGACGGUAGACAGGGUGGCGACUUCCCCUGAGAAGGAGGCGCUCAAGGAGCCAAAAGCGGCAUCGCUGUAG